CGCAGAAAACACGCUAGUACUGUACUAUUCCCGAUGGCGCGAAGCCGGCGAUGUCGCCUCGACGGCCCAGGUCUCGGUAGUAAACCACGCAAGAGAAAAUAAAAUGACAGAGAGUUGUAUGUUGUAGACGGGCGAGUGCGACGAGCGGAGAACGUAAUGCCAGCGCUACACCGCUGACGUGUCCGCCCCGGCUCCGGGUGAAGGUCAAAAGGGGCAAAGGGCGGGGGGAAACCGUGGGCCCUAUAUAGCGGGCCUUCUCGCUGGAGCUAGGAGAAAUCGCCAAGCCAAGCCAAGCCAGAAGCGGCAGCCUCGCGCAGCGGUCUGGUCUCUCUGGUGGGUGCCCCUCUUCGCCGGUGGCCGGAAAGGGUAGUGGAGUGGGACCGCUCAAGGAGAGGCCGGCGUCCCCAAGUCUCACUUCCGCCGUCCGCUUCCCCCCUGUUGGUCCCGAUUUUGUUUAGCCUUCCUAGGCGCGUGAGAUCAAAAAUCCAUCGGUUCCGGUUGCCGCCAUAGGGUUCGGCACUCGGGGCGCGCGGGGGGAGCUUUAUUUGUACCGAACUAAUUCGAAGGGGAUCGAGGGAGGAAGGAAAGGAGGUGCUUCACAAUGAAGGCCCUCAUUCUUGUCGGGGGUUUCGGAACCCGCCUUCGGCCUUUGACUCUGAGCUUCCCGAAACCCCUCGUGGAUUUUGCAAACAAGCCCAUGAUUCUGCACCAGAUCGAAGCUUUGAAAGAAGUUGGGGUCACAGAGGUGGUUUUGGCUAUCAACUACCGCCCAGAGGUAAUGAUUAAUUUCUUGAAGGACUUUGAGGAUAAGCUUGGCAUCACAAUUACAUGCUCCCAAGAGACUGAGCCCUUAGGAACCGCUGGCCCUCUUGCUCUAGCAAGGGACAAGCUUGCGGAUGGAUCUGGCCAGCCAUUCUUUGUCCUCAACAGUGAUGUCAUAAGCGAAUACCCAUUUGCUGAACUCAUCAAAUUUCACAAGUGUCAUGGUGGUGAGGCAACAAUUAUGGUCACUAAGGUGGAUGAACCAUCAAAAUACGGUGUUGUGGUUAUGGAGGAGGCAACUGGCAGGGUGGAAAGGUUUGUUGAGAAGCCAAAAAUAUUUGUGGGUAACAAGAUCAAUGCUGGGAUUUACUUACUGAACCCAUCUGUCCUUGACCGCAUUGAGCUGAGGCCAACAUCAAUUGAGAAAGAGGUCUUCCCUCAAAUUGCAGCUGAUCAACAGCUCUAUGCAAUGGUCCUUCCAGGUUUUUGGAUGGAUGUUGGUCAGCCUAGGGACUACAUUACUGGCUUGCGUCUUUAUCUAGACUCGAUUAGGAAGAAAUCAGCUGCCAAGCUAGCUACUGGAGCACAUGUUGUUGGCAAUGUGCUGGUGCAUGAGAGCGCCAAGAUUGGAGAAGGUUGUCUGAUUGGUCCUGAUGUCGCCAUUGGACCUGGGUGUGUUGUGGAGGACGGCGUGAGGCUUUCCCGCUGCACUGUCAUGCGCGGCGUGCGUAUCAAGAAGCAUGCUUGCAUCUCAAACAGCAUUAUCGGUUGGCACUCAACUGUUGGUCAAUGGGCACGGAUAGAGAAUAUGACUAUCCUGGGGGAGGAUGUUCAUGUGUGUGAUGAGGUGUACAGCAAUGGCGGUGUUGUUCUCCCACAUAAAGAGAUCAAGUCAAGCAUUCUGAAGCCUGAGAUCGUCAUGUGAGCUCUCCAGUUUUAGCUACAGUACAUUCUUAACUUCUUUGACGAAGGGAGGAUUGCAGAUCCCCUUUUAUAAACGAUAUUGCUUGGUAUCUUCGAUCUAAUGCAAACAGCUUCAUACUUGGUCUCUUGUUAAACUAUUGACAAUGUAUCUUGUUUUUUGUUGAAAAGUUUAGUACUUGAGUGUCAAUCAUACGUAUUCGCUUGCUAAAAACUAUUGACAAUGUAUCUUGUUCUUUGUUGAAAAGUUUAGUACUUGAGUGUCAAUCAUAUUUCA